AGCCAUAAAAACGAGGUCCCUUGAACGUCACAUGAGGCAGAGCGUGAGCGGAAGGACGCACGCUUGGCUCAGGCAGAACUGGACAUACCUGCUGCAGAAAGACUGAAAGCGGGUAUUUUUUGAGACUAUCUUACGUCUUUCUGAUAAAUUUGGCCAUGUCUCAGAAGGAACUCAAGGAAGCUUUUGUCAGUCAUCUCAAUGGUACCAGUUUGAUGGAGGUGACUCUUGGUUCUUCCCUUGCUCCACUGUGCUUUCUCAACAGAGGACUGCUUCUAAUCCUGUGUGACAGAGGUUCAGAAGCUCUGCCAAAACCAACGCAAUCCAUUUUACGUCUUCUUUUUGAUUAUACUGUGGUGAUAGCUCCCCUCGUCCUUUCAUGCACAAUUCUUAGUGACAUUCUUUUCCAAGUUGUCAUUAGUCUAUCCCUUAUUUCUAUGUGUAUGCUUGUCUAUAUCUGUCUUUCUAGCACACACUCAAUUGACCAGCAACCAAAGGCUUUUUUCGAAAGCCACCUUCAGUUUGAAAGAGUUCCAUUUGUCACCAACUUCCGAGUUUUUGUCAUUUUGAAAACGUCCAUUAGCAUAUUGGCUGUAGAUUUUGCAAUCUUCCCCAGGAGAUUUGCCAAAACUGAGACCUAUGGCACAGGGGUCAUGGAUUAUGGUGUUGGAGGGUUUGUCUUUGCAAAUGCCCUCGUCUGUUCAGAAGCUCGGGGAAAAGGCAUCAUGGGAUCGAAGUUCAAUUACAUCACAAAACAGCUGGUAUCUGUCUGGCCUCUGGUUGCGCUUGGUAUGGGGAGGUUAAUAAGUGUAAAAAUGACUGGUUAUCAGGAGCAUGUGACAGAAUAUGGUGUCCACUGGAAUUUCUUCUUCACACUAGCCCUAGUCAGAGUGUCUGCAUCAAUAUUUUUAGCUAUUAUGCCAGUCAACCUGUGUUUGAUUUUUGCUUUGUUGAUUGCUGUAAUGUAUCAGUUUAUUUUAGACACAACUGGGCUGAAAGAAUUUAUUGUCCUCAACAAUGACAGAGAUUUGGGCUUUCUUCACGCCAACAAGGAGGGUAUAUUCUCUGCAGUGGGAUAUGUGGCCAUCUACCUUGCAGGUGUACAUGUGGGAGUGUUUAUUAUGCAGCAGCGUGUGACUGUAAAAGAGUGGCUACGUGCACUUAUUUAUCUUUUAAUGUCAAGUCUGGGUCUGUAUGCUGCUGUGUGUUUAUGUCAGGUACACCUGGAGCCUGUUUCCCGGCGCUUGGCUAAUUUACCGUUUUGUUUUUGGAGUAUUGCCCAGUCCCUCUUUUUUUUAACUUCUCUUGGUUUGGCUGAUUUGCUUCUACUGUUUUCUAAAAAGGCAUUAAGUGUUGACUGUGUGCCAUCUUCAUGGAGUCUGUACAGAAAAAAGGAGGACCUUUCGCCACUGAAAAAUAAAGAUGAUUUGAAAAGACUUUGCCUUUUUCAAGCUGUCAACAGAAAUAUGCUGAUAUUUUUCCUGCUUGCUAAUGUCAUCACUGGAGCGACAAACUCAGUAGUGGAUACACUAAACUGUACUAAGGAGUUCUCUGUGUAUGUUUUGCUGUCUUACAUGUUUCUGAAUUGUUUUGUAAUAUAUGUUUUACAUAUCUUUGGAAUUACAUUAAAAUUCUGGUAAAAGUAAUUUUUUAUUCAUUAUAAUAAAUGUAUAUUUGAAACUUUA